UCAACUCGAGCGUGUUGCAUCAGAAUCUGUGGAAAGCAAUGGCAGGAUUUGGGGAUUUGGCUUUUGACUAUGGCUUCCUGUUGCAAAUAAGCGAGGACCUUCCCAGGGUAGCAGCCCUUAAUGAGUACCUGAGCUGCCGCAGUUACCUGGCUGGGUUCAGCAUCUCUCAGGCCGACCUGGAAGCCUUCAGGCUCCUCCAUGGGCCUCCUUCCGAGCAGCAUGUCCACGCCCUGCGGUGGUACAGACACAUAUCAGCCCUGCAGCAGGACUGGCAGACUCCCACAGACCCCAGCACCGAGUGCUGCACAAAGGGAAAGAGGGUCCAGCCACCUUGGUCUCCCCCUGAAGGAACGGACCCCCCGAAGCUGCGGCUCUACAACAGCCUCACUCGCGCUAAGGAGGUGUUCGUUCCACAGAACGGAAAUAAGGUUCUGUGGUACUGCUGUGGGCCCACAGUGUAUGACGCAUCCCAUAUGGGCCACGCCAGGUCCUACAUCUCUUUUGAUAUUCUGCGAAGAAUACUGAAAAACUACUUCAAAUACGACGUCUUCUACUGCAUGAACAUUACAGACAUUGAUGACAAAAUCAUCAAAAGAGCCAGACAGAACUACCUGCUCGAGCAGUACAAAGACAAGAAGCCAACCCCAACACAGAUACUGCAGGACGUGCUGACCGCCAGGAAGCCCUUUCAGGCCAAGCUAGCUGAAACAACGGACCCCGACAAGAGGCAGAUGCUGGAGCGAUUGGACACAGCAGUGACCGCAGCUCUAGCCCCCCUGCAGGGGGCAGUGCAGAAUGGAAUUGCAGACACAGCCUUACAGAGCCAGGCCCAGGUGUUACUUGAUGAAGCCAAAGACGUUUUGUCCGACUGGCUGGAUUCUCAGUUUGGCAGUCAGGUGACAGAGAACUCCAUCUUUUCUCUUCUGCCAAAGCAUUGGGAAGCAGAGUAUCACAAGGACAUGGAUGCCCUCAAUGUCCUUCCUCCAGACGUUCUCACCCGAGUCAGUGAGUACGUGCCUGAGAUUGUAAGCUUCGUGGAGAGGAUUGUGGACAACGGUUUUGGGUACGUGUCCAACGGUUCAGUGUAUUUUGACACAGCCAAGUUUGAUGCUAGUGAGAAGCACUCGUACGCUAAGCUGGUGCCAGAGGCAGUGGGGGACCAGAAGGCCCUGCAGGAAGGAGAGGGAGACCUGAGCAUCUCAGCAGACAGGCUGAGUGAGAAGAAGUCUCCAAACGACUUCGCCUUGUGGAAGACCUCCAAGCCUGGGGAGCCAUCCUGGGACUCGCCCUGGGGAAAGGGGAGGCCUGGAUGGCACAUUGAAUGCUCUGCUAUGGCUGGCUCCAUUUUGGGAGAGUCCAUGGACAUCCACGGGGGAGGCUUUGACCUGAGGUUCCCCCACCAUGACAAUGAGUUGGCACAGUCUGAGGCCUUCUUCAACAAUGACCACUGGGUGCGCUACUUCCUGCACACGGGUCAUCUGACCAUCGCGGGCUGCAAGAUGUCGAAGUCCCUGAAGAACUUCAUCACCAUUAAAGACGCCCUGGACAAGCACACAGCCCGCCAGCUGCGUCUCGCCUUCCUCAUGCACUCCUGGAAGGACACCCUGGACUACUCCACCAACACCAUGGAGUCUGCCAUCCAGUACGAGAAAUUCUUGAACGAGUUCUUCCUCAAUGUCAAGGACAUCCUGAGGACUCCAACAGACAUCACAGGCCAGUUUGAGAAGUGGGAGGAGGCGGAGAUGGAGCUGAACCAGAGUUUCUAUGAGCGGAAAGCCGCGGUGCAUGAGGCUCUGUGCGACAACAUAGACACGCGAACCGCGCUGGAGGAAAUGAGGUCGCUGGUCAGCCAGAGCAACACGUACAUCGCCAGCAAGAAGAGCGCCAAGCUGCUGCCCAGCCGCAUGCUGCUGGAGGACAUCGCCCUGUACCUCACCAACAUGCUGAGAAUAUACGGGGCUAUUGAGGGGACAGAGCCAAUUGGAUUCCCAGUGGGAGGAGAUGGCCAAAACGUGGAUCUGGAAACCACUGUGAUGCCGUACCUGAAAGUGCUCUCAGACUUUAGGGAAGGAGUACGGAAGAUUGCCAGAGAACAGAAAGUAACGGAAGUCUUGCGCCUGUGUGAUGAGGUACGCGACAACACGUUGCCGGAGCUGGGGGUUCGUUUGGAGGACCACGAAGGCCUGCCCACGGUGGUGAAGCUGGUGGACAGAGAGACGCUGCUGAGGGAGAAGGAGGAGAAGAGAAAGGCUGAAGAGGAAAAGAGAAGGAAAAAAGAGGAGGCAGCAAAAAAGAAACAGGAACAGGAAAUGGCUAAACUGGCAAAGAUGAAGAUUCCUCCCAGCGAGAUGUUCCGUUCGGAAACGGACAAGUAUUCCAAGUUUGACGAAACGGGUUUCCCUACACAUGAUGCCGAGGGACAGGAGAUCAGCAAGGGGCAGAGCAAGAAGCUGCGCAAGUUGUACGAAGCUCAGGAGAAGCUGCACAGGGAGUAUCUACAGACAACUCAGAACGGAAGCUGAGGAUUCUGGGAAGUCCACACACUUCCAGCUUAGCCCUGCACAGCCCUGAACACCAACCCUCUUUCCUGCCCUGUUUCCCCUACCAAAAAAGGUCCCAGGGCAGGGAGGUUCCACCCACCCUGCUUUUGGGACAGGGGACUGAGCUUGGCGCUUUCCAACACAGGGUCUGGUAUGUAACAGACAAAUAAUUGUUUCUUUCAGUGUGAGUAUUGCGAUGAAAGUAUUUUGAAGUGAGUUGGUGUGCAGGUUGACUGUGCAUACCCCAUUUUUGAAAAGAUUGCCAGGACUGCUUUUUUCACAUUUGUGUUUGUAACUGAAUGGGGUUAACAGGCAGAACAUGUCCGGCCACAAAGCUUGUAGCAGCUGAGAAGGAAGAAAUGAAGGAAUAUAUCAUGAUUUGUGAUCAAGGACAUAUGGGGACAUCUGCUCAGUUCAUCUGAAUUUACAAAUAGGAAAUGCAAGUUUGUAAUCUUUCACCUGAUCCAUCAUUUGAUACGUCCACUAAUCUCAAGGAUUUAAUAAAUG